AUAUUGUCUCUUACUAUUGUAUCGAUUGAUAGGAAGUCUUCUAUCUCUUCUCUAUGGCUAAUUCAAUUCCCAUUUCAAUGCGAAUCACACUGACCAUCACCACAACUCUCCUUGUCAUGCUACUGCGUGCAUAUGCUUCACCAGUUGUACUAGCAGCAGCAGUGUCCAAAGACGAAACAACCUGCACAAUGUGUGAAGAGUGUCCCAACCCAUGCCCUGUGCCAUCAUCACCACCGCCACCAGCACCCGUUAUCAAAGAAUGCCCACCACCUCCUGCACCGCCUUCUCCACCACCUCCUUCUCCACCACCGCCAAAUCUCCCUGAAUGCCCACCACCACCGCCAGCUCUCCCUGAAUGCCCACCACCACCGCCAGCUCUCCCUGAAUGCCCACCACCACCGGUAGCGGUGUUUCCUCCUUCUUGUGACGUUUGCGGCGGAACCCCCUCCACCUCUUCUCCUCCUCCAGGGGCAGAUGUGCCCUCAUUAUUGCCGUACCGGUCGCCGCCGCCACCCUAUGUUCCAGGCAACCCAAUAGCCCCACCCCUUUAUCCUACAGAUAAUUUUAGUCCUCCAGAACGCCCUUAUCCUUCUAAAUCGGUUCAUUCGAGAAUGCACUCCUCCUGCUCCACUCUUGCUUCCAUAUUUGUCUUGUUCACUUCAAGUUGCUUCUUCUUCUUCUUCUAGGUAAGUAGGGAACAAAUAACCGUCGGCAGUAGCUAGCUAGCUAGUUCAGUACUGAUACUGCAUGUGACAUGAUAUAUGUCUCUCUCUCCCUCUCUCCCCCCUUAGCCCCUUAGCCCCUUAGCUAAGCUAUUCUUUUCUUUUGUAAUAAGGCCUUCUUCACUGAAGCGCGAUUAGCUCUAGUGUGUAAUAUUAAUGUGUUUCCCCCUCUUAAACAUAUUAUAUAAUUCAUUCCUUUCUGAUGUAACUUUUCAUUUCAUG